GUGUGUUUCGAUUUGUCGUUUGAUUUUGAUGUCUGAUUGUAAAUUUUUGGUAUUUAAAUUUAGCGCAUGGAUUCUAUUUGUGAUCAUGUUGUCGUUUGAUGAUUGAAGUAGGAAAUGGAUUCCGUUGUGCCGUAAUUCGUGCACGAUCAUUGCUCAGUGUUCGCGAGUUUCUUCAGCCAAGGGAUUUGAGUUACAGGCUUCAGGAUGCUUCCGCAAAAUCAUGAACCACUGAAAAAACUCUUUUGCAAGCCCUGUAAUCGUUUCCUGCAAGAACCCUGCUGGAAACAUACCACUAAUAUCCCCGACAAGCCAGUGAUACCCUACGCCCUGGGCAGCCUGCCUGAUGCCUUGUACAUGGACUAUUGCGGAGAAUGGAGCACAGAGCGCGGUAUUUUCGCCCGCGAUGCCAUUGCGUCGCACACCGUCUUCGGCCCGCUAGUGGCGCCUCUGUCCCCGGUAUCUCAAGCAUCCACAGCGUUCGCAUGUCGCAAAGAGCCCACCGUCGAUCUGGGCUAUUACCAGCUGGAUUCCGAUUAUUUCUGUAACUGGAUGAAAUUCGUUCGUUUCUCGCAGAACCGGCAAGAGGAGAACGUGGCGGUGUACAUGCGCGGCAUCAAACUGAUCUUUAUUACGACGCGCGAUAUCCCGGCUAACGAGGAACUGAAACUGGGCUACUCGGCCCAGUACGCCGAGACUGUCCGCGAGAGGACGCCGGAAUUGGUCCUGCCGAUUAUUGAGACCGUCGUGGUUCCGUUGGAGAAGGGAAACGAUGACGAUGAAAUGGACGAAAACCCACCGAAAAAGAAAAAGAAAGUUAAGUCCGGCUUGUGCACGCUGUGUAACCGGGAGUUCACGAACGUGAAGAAGCAUUUGCAAACGGUGCAUGUGGAUUUCACGAAGAAGGAGUUUAAAUAUGAGUGUGCACAGUGUACAGUGAAGUUUCCGACGUUACGCUCGAGGGACGCUCAUCAGAGAACGGCUCACCGAACAGUCAGCGUGGCACCGGAAAGCAGUGCCGUGUCCACCGCGAUAGAAUACAUGAAGACCACCGGUCUCUUCACAUAUUACUGCCGCCCCUGCCUCCGACACUUCCCCAGUAAAGCCCUCCUGGACCUCCAUGAAUUCCAGCACCAGGACGCCAGCAGUCCGCUGACAGUCAUCCAACGCAUCUGUCCCCAGUGCGAUUUCGUCGGUAAGAGCUUUUCCGAGCUGGUGCAGCACACAACCGAGCACGCCAUCAAGCCCACCGAGAAGAAAUGCUGUCUGCUCUGCGGGGAGUACGCCUUCAAGAUCGGCACGCAUAUCCGCGCCUGUCACACGCAGGAAUUCGCCGUCAUCUCCGCCGACUGGCCGCUGGUGUGUGAGGAGUGCGGGAUGAAGUUUAUGCAUCAGAAAGACCUGGGACUGCACGUCACCACCGUGCACAAGGGCUUUCAGUGUCUGUACUGCGCCAAAUUAUUUUAUACCUCGGCGAAAUUGACGGAUCACAUGGAGGAGCACAAGAAGGACGGGAAGUAUCCGUGCCUCUGGUGUGAGAGGACUUUUGAGACGUAUGCGCAGUGCCGGGCGCAUCAUACGGAUGUGCAUGGCGCCAAGGGGGUCAAGGUGUGCGAUGUGUGUCAGAUGGUGUGCUCGAACGCGGCGAAAUUGGCUUUUCAUAAGAAGGUUCACACGCCCGGUGUUAUCGUGAAGCGAGCGCCGAUCCCCGGGCGGAAACGGAAAUCAUCUGAAGAGAGGCAGUUAAGAAAAAGGACUCGUGCUCGAGAUCGUGUGGAAUGCGAUAUCUGUGGGGCCGUGAUGAACAAACACUCCCUGUGGAAGCACCGGAAAUGGGUGCAUAACGCCGAUGAAGAAGCGAAGGAACGGAAGAAGCAGCAGCGCAAAGAGAAGGAAAUGUCCAAAGAGUACGUUGAUCCGCGACGGAGGAUGACGUUUGAAGAGUUCCCCUUCAAGUGCGAAGUUUGCCGGUUGGGAUUCAUGAAGCAGAUCAUGUUCAAUAAACACAUGCAGGACAAACAUACCUAGUUCCUAAAUGCUCUCAACGCUUUGACGGGAGUGCGAGUGUAGUGCGUUAUUUGCACAGUUGUACUUGCUAGUUGCUGCUGCCUGUAAUUUACACGUACUCUUUCCUGAUAUUAUGAGACUGCGUGUUUUUAUACUGGAGACAUUGAUUUCGUUUAUCGAACAGUUCCUUGGAACAAUUUUUUUUGAAAAAUGUGCACAUUAAACACAAUU